GAAAUUUGAGCAAAGACAGAGUAGAAAGAGUGGAAGAAGAGAGCAAAAAAGACAGAGAAAGAGCUAGCUAUUAUUUGGGGCUUUUUAUUGUACAAGACCAAUGGAAGAUUCUACGAUGGUCAGUGUUGCAGAGGAAAUACAGGAUAAGAAAAUCACAGAAGAAUUGCCAGAUGAUGAGAGCCAUGUUAAGAGUGACCCUGAGUCUGUGGGCAUGACCAAUGAGAGUAGGGGUCAGAAUAAUGAGAACGGAGAGGAGGUGCCAAAUCCCCAAAUUGGAACCAGUGAGAGCUGCAAGGACAGUGGAGAUAUCAGCAGAGCCAUCAACACAGAAGGUGGCCAUGCUAAAGUCAGUGAGAUUGAUGCCGAUGAAAGCAAUGAUGGAGCAAAAGAGUCUGCGAUAGAUGAGAAGAAAAAUGAGAGUGAAAGCAGUGAACAUCCAGAUGAAGAAGUGGGUAAUCAGCUAAAGAAAGACAAAGUGGAAAAGGUCAGAGAGCUUGCUGUUGCCCAAGAAGAGGUGAAGGAGGGCAGUAAUGCUGAAACCAUCCCCACGCAUGAUGAACAGCCGCAUAACAAAGAGAAAAUCAAAGAGACACCUGGACAGGAGAAAAAGGAGGAACCUACAUGCUUGGUCCAGCAGACAGCCAAUGAAGAAGUGCAGGCCAACGAGAAAGGAGAGGCCAACAUAACCAAAGAGAAGAACAGAGAUCAACAAGAACAGACGAAAGGAAAGAGAGGAGCUGCUCCUCCACCCUCCUCUGUCCCAAGACUUCCAGUGCAGGCUUCGUCUCGCCAACGGGGCAGCCGGCCCUCAGCCAGGAGAGAUGCAAUGGCAAAGUUUCAGCAAGAUCAGACUCCAGGAGUCCGAAAUUUUAAGUUACAGAAGACAUCUGUUGGUGUGUCUGCCGGGGCCUCAAUCAAACAGAAAAUCCUACACUGGUGUAGCAACAAAACACGGGGCUAUGAGGGAGUUUCCAUAGAGAACUUCUCAUCCUCCUGGAGCGAUGGCCUGGCCUUCUGUGCCCUUGUGCAUCGCUUCUUUCCCUCUGCGUUUGACUUCUCCUCCCUCAAAGCCAGCGAGCGAGAGAGGAACUUCACACUAGCCUUCACCACAGCAGAAUCACUAGCUGGCUGCUGCCCCCUCCUGGACGUAUCAGAUAUGUUACUAAUGGGGAACAAGCCAGACCCUUUUAGUGUAUUCACCUAUGUUCAGUCCCUCUGCCAGCACCUUUCAAAAAUAGAGCGAGAGAAGAAGGAGAGGGAAAAGGCAGAGGAAGGCAAGAGUCAGGUUGAGACCAAAGACAGAGGCAGCAGAGAAAGAGAAGAACCGGAAGAGGAGAAGGGAGUGGUGAAGGGAGGUGUCAUAGAUGAGGAGACUAGAGAAGGAGAAGGUAGUCCUGAUGACAAGAGAGCACCGACAGAAGAAGACAGCGAGACAAAGAUGGAGACUGAUCAAAAUGACAAUGGAGUGAAUAGAGACCUAGAAACUGAGACCUCAAUUUAGUGAAUUCCAGAUUCAAGUAUUAAAAUAGCUAUAUGCUUUUUUCCACA